GUUCUUUUCCACUGUGUCAUCUGAUCAUACAUAGGUUGCUUACAAAGAAUAAGGAGGCAGAAAGAGAGGUAGAAAAAUGCCUGUGAUAGAAAAUAAGAAUGCCAGUGAUACAAUUUCUACCCUACAAAUUCAAGUUGAUGAUGUUAAAAAUGUUAUGACCAAAAACAUCGAUAAGGUUUUACAAAGGGAAGAAAAACUGAGUGAGCUUGUUGACAGAACAGAUGAUCUCCAAACAGUGGCUGAUGCUUUUCAAAAAACAUCAACAAAGAUUUCCAGGAAGAUGUGGUGGAAAAACUUCAAAGUGAUUAUAUUAAUUGUUAUUUUCCUUCUUAUUUUAACAUUUAUUAUCCUCUUGGCUACAGGUGUUAUCCCAACAUGAACUUUUAUACUUUUCGUGUUGAACAGUAAACAAGUCUUGUAUACAUUUUAUCUAAAAACUCUCUUUAUAGAUUUAUUUAUGCUUUGUUACAUUUGUAUAUUAUUAAAAGAAAAAAAAAUACUGGAAAUCCCCC